AUGCAUCAGAAGGCCCAAAUCCACCCUCACCUCCUCUAUUUUCCCGGUAAGCAAGUCAGUAUUUCUAAUUUUGAUGAAGACUUGAUAAAAGGCUCAGACAGACAUCUACGUUUAUCUCCUUCUUAUGUAUUAGAAGAUAAUCAAUCACAGGUUUGCAAUAAUAGAACUGGACAUAGACUGGGAGAGAUGUUUGCAAGUUCUGAAACUCUAUCUAUAUGCAAGAAAAAUCACAAAGAUGAAAGUCCAUUUAUAGAUUCAGAAUGUGAUAAAACUAUUCCAGAGAAAGCAAGACUUCCUGAACAGCAGAGAAUUCACACAACAGAGAGUCAGUUUUCAUGUCUGAAAUGCGGGAAGUUGUUCAAACGUAAACAACAUCUUGAGAAACAUGAGAGAACUCACAUAGUGGAGAAGCCAUAUCCAUGCUCAGAAUCUGAAGACUUGAUAAAAGGCUCAGACAGACAUUUACGUUUAUCUCCUUCUUAUGUAUUAGAAGAUAAUCCAUCUCAGGUUUGCAAUAAUAGAACUGGACAUAGACUGGGAGAGAUGUUUGCAAGUUCUGAAAAUCUAUCUAUAUGCAAGAAAAAUCACAAAGAUAAAAGUCCAUUUAUAGAUUCAGAAUGUGAUAAAACUAUUCCAGAGAAAGCAAGACUUCCUAAACAGCAGAGAAUUCACACAACAGAGAGUCAGUUUUCAUGUCUGAAAUGCGGGAAGUUGUUCAAACGCAAAGACUUGAUGAAAGGCUCAGACAGACGUCUAUGUUUAUCUCCUUCUUAUGUAUUAGAAGAUAAUCCAUCACAGGUUGGCAAUAAUAGCACUGCACAUAGACUGGGAGAGAUGUUUGCAAGUUCUGAGAAUCUAUCUAUGUACAAGAAAACUCACAAAGAUGAAAGUCCAUUUAUAGUUUCAGAAUGUGAUAAAUCUGUUACAGAGAAAUGUUCUGAAUGUGAGAAGUGUUUCACUCAUAAAGCAAGUCUUUUUAAUCAUCAGAGAAUUCACACAGGGGAAAAGCCAUUUUCAUGUCCUGACUGUAGCAAGAGUUUUAGAGAGAAAUCAACUCUUGUGAGACAUCUCAGAAUUCAUACAGAAGUGAAGCCGCAUUCAUGUACAGAAUGUUCAAAAUGCUUUAACCAUAAAUCAAGUCUUACAGAACAUUUGAAAAGUCACACAGGAGAAAAGCCAUUCUCAUGUCCUGAAUGUGGAAAAUAUUUUAACCAUAAAUCAAGUCUUGUGAUACAUUUGAGAAUUCACACAGGGGAAAAGCCAUAUUCAUGUUCAGAAUGCGGGGAUUUUUUUAAGCGGAAAUCACAUCUUGCUAUACAUCAGAGAACUCAUACUGGAGAGAAGCCAUUUCCAUGUCCUGAGUGUGGGAAGUGUUUUAGCCAGAAAUCAAGUCUUAAUAAACAUCAGAGAAUU